AUGUCGCCACAAAUCAAUAUUCCCAACUUGCCCUCCAUGGCCCCGACGGGACCCACAAGCCCUCAACACGACAAAGAUGCCGCCAGAGCCAUGAACCGGACUAACAGCUGGAAACCAUCUCUUCUUGGUCGCAGACAAAGUUACCACCAAGAAGACCAGAAACAUGCGCUGCAGAUGAGCGGCGUGCAGGAUAUCAAAGACUGCCCCGGAUUCACCGAGCGCAAGUAA